CUCAGAUCUGGAUCCGACUGAGUCGCCUUUUGCUAGGAAACGGUAAACAGAAACGAUUCAGAGGCAUCACAGGUAGCAACCAUGUCUAAAAAAGCAGGGAAGAAAGGAGGUGGAAAACAUGCCGGGAUGACAGAGGAGGAGAGACUUCUGUACAUGCAGCAAAAGGCUCAAGCUGAGGAGGAUACUGCCAAGAGAAAAGAGGACAUGCUCACCCACUUCCUCAAGGAUAAACUGAAGGAAGAGGAGAAGAACACCGCUCUGAAUCUCUACAAGCUCCGGCAGCAGUGGCGUGCUAUUUUAACACAGACCAAGACUGCAGAGCUACGCAAUGACAUCUCAUUCCUCAGCCAGAGCUUUGAGAGAGUCCUCGACCACAACGACAACUUCAUUAAGAGUUUGGUGGUUGAUCUGUCUGAGAGGGAGCAGCAGUCAGAGCUGGCACGCAGUUCUCAUCUGCAGAACGUGGACCGUCUGUUAAAGCUUCAUAUGAGUCGGCUGGAAGAACUAGCGCACGACUUCAACACCCGUCUCGAAGAACUUAGCUCAGAGUCUAAUACUGAGAGGGAGCAGAUUCUUUCACAGCACCAGCAGGAGAGUGAGAAUUUGGAGAUAGUAAUGUUUUCCAUGGAAAAGCACUACGCUGAUAUUGAGAAUAAGGCGAGACGUGACUACGAGAGCAAUGGCAAACAAAUUAAAAAACAGAACAAAGAGGAAAAUCAAAUAGUGAAAAAUCAGACGAAAGGGGUUAUGGAGAAACUGGGACGAGAACAGCAUGAGGUUUUAAACAAAAACAAAGACUUUUCGAAAUUAGUCGACUCUCUGGAUCUCAAGGUUAAACAGAGUGAUAAAGAGAUUGACACAGACAAACAGCACAUUCAGAAAUUGCAGGAGUCCAUCUCAGCUCUGCGCUGUCAGCUGAGCUCUGGUGAAAGCGAAGAAACAGUUCAGCUUCGUUCAGACCGUGACAAGCUCACCCAGGAAGUUCAACGUCUCAGAGUCCGGAUCAGGGCGGACCAAAACACUCGGAGAAAGCAGCUCACUAAACUUACCAUUCAAUACAACAAUGCUGCUAAAAAACUACAGGAGACAACAGCUUUGGGGGAAAGGUUAUUGCGUCGCUCUGAACUGUGCAGUAAGUUGGAGACGGAGUACGAGAAGGUUCUGCCCUUCUACAAAUCAUCAUUGAGUGAAGAAGAGCAAAGUCAGGAGAAAGCCAAUGCCAUGAAGUUGGCGGAUGAGGAACACACUCAGCUAACACAUGAUUAUGCUCCUCUUGAGAAGUUUUGGCAGCGUUACAACAAGGUUCAGCUCGACUGUUUGUGUCUAAAGCGAGAGAAAGCGCUUCAGUUACAGGAGAAUGAACGACUGAGGAGCUGUCUGAAGCAGUACCUGGAUGAAGUUUCGAUCUCUGAUGAGAGUUUUCAGCAACAAAAGCUUCUGGUGGUGUCUUCUUCAACUCUACAGACCCCCGCUGCGACUGAGAGACGUGGUCAAAAGCGCUACGUGGUCCAAGAAGCAGCGAAUAUUGUGCAGAAACAGCUUUAAGGAAUACAUCUGAAACGUGAAAUCAAAGUGUGUUUCUGGAAGCAAUUAAAAUGUUUUAUGCAGUUGGUAAAUCUGUUUAUUGCAAUGAUCUCAGUGUAAUUUUCUUAUUAAAUUUAGGAUUUUAGGACACUUCCUCAAAGUCAAAUCCUUAUCCUUUUCUUAACUUUAUAUUUGACACGUGCUUUUAAAUGUUGGCCGAUGCGGUUCAUUACCUCAAGAUGUCGCCAAAUCUUGAAGAUCCUUUACAUCUGGAAAACAUGUCGAUGCAUUUUAGAAUGAAAGGUGAAGUUGAAAAUAGACUACAUUUUUGAAUUAUUUGAAGACAUUUUGCAUCUCGUCCCUAUAACUAUAAGCUCUAUCACUCAUAGAUGCAUGGCAAACCUCAAACAAUGAUGUGUGAUGUUUUUUAAUAAAGACAUGCUGUAUUAAUCUAGUACAAAACACGGCAACAAAUAACAUAAGCUAUGUUUUAUGGAACUUGUUAACUAAUACAUAACAUUAUUAUUAUGGAAGCCAAAGAAAAGCAUCACAAAACUGAAACGUUUUGUUUUAAUUGCAGUGCAAAAUAAAGGCAACAUGA